AUGAGGGCGAAGGAAACGGCGUUGGUGGUCCUCUGUACGCUGCUGCUAGCGGGGCUCAUCAACGCCUCCGCUACCGGCAGCAAUCUCAUCGCGCUCACUGAUGACAAUUUCAACGCACUGGUGCUGCAACGGGAGGGUCCGAUACUGGUGGAGUUUUACUCGCCCUACUGCGGGCACUGCACGGCCUUCGCGCCCGAACUCGAGAAGAUCGCCAACGACCUCCAGUCCAUCAUGCCCGUCGGCCAGGCACAGCCUCCCACCACCUACUCGCGUCGUGUGGACGUGACGAAGCACAGGAAGAUGACACCCAACUACGACAUCAAGGGCGUGCCCAGCGUGUUCCUGUUCGGUCGGGACAAGGAGCACCCGCUGCACUACAAGGGGCGCAACGACCAGCGCAGCGUGGUGCAGUUUGUGCUGACCAACCUGAACCACUCCUACGUCACGCUCACCUCGCCCAGCGUCGCCCUGCCGCGCUUCCUGGCCGAAAAGAACGAAGCCGCCGCGCUCCCGCGCAUCGUCUACUUCGCCAGCCCGACCGAUCUCGACAACCACGAGGCCCCGGUUCAGUUCGUCUCUCUCGCGCUCACGUGGAAGGAUUCGGCGUUGUUUGGGUUCGUGCGAGGCGCGGACUUCGUUCCCUCGUGGAAGACCACGUACCGAAUCGAGGCCCUGCCCGCCCUGGUCGUCUUCUCCCCGGUCGAUCUUAGCGAGACGGUGAUCACUGAAACGUGGGCAGCGGAGGCUGGCGUAGACACCACCACCUUUUCCUACCUCUACACAGGCUCGCUGACCGACGAGAAGCAGCUGAACGAGUUUUGCAUGGAGGCCGGUGCGCGGUCGUCACUCUACUACGACACCCACAGGGGAUAUGGACUCAGCUUCAACAGGACGUCGUUCAACCUGCUAUUUAUGGUGGUGGUCGUGGGCGCGGUGUUCGGCUUCGUGUACUGGUCGCGACGCCUCAACCACCACCACCACGGAGGCAAGUCCGUCCUACCCACCACCUACCCUCCCUCUGCGCCGCGCAACUUUGCCGACUGA